GAAAAAACUUGCAUUUAGAACCUUAAACGACGCGUCGUCGAAGAAAAAAGAAAUAUUCAUUAAAGCUUACAUUCUAUUCCAAAAUCUUAUUUAGACUCAAAGAACCAUUAACUUUUUGCAACAUAAUUAUAAAAAGAUCAGUGAAAAUUAGUUAUUCAAGUGGUAAAGCGGAUUCUUUAUUUUUUCCAUGAGCAGAUUGACAUAGAUAAGGUUAUUUUGCAAAAACGGCUUAAGGAGAAAUUAACAUCCUUUAAAAACAAUAAGCUCGCAUUGAUGAUCCCAGCCCAGAAAAGCUUAGACGAUAAUUCAGUUCAAGAAGGAAAUUUCCCUUGUUGUGACUUAAUAAUCAUCAUUUCAAAUGUCACGAUUGACAAGCGAUAAAAAUUUACAACAGCGGCAACCAAACGAUCAGAAUCAGGAAAUUGUUCAGCCAAUCCAACAGCAUCAGCAACGUCAGCCAUUUCAAAUCAUAAGAACUCCAGCUACCCAGUACCAAUCAAGCUCCAACUUAACAGCAACUGAAUCAAUUUCAAUCAUUAAUAAUAGUGUCACCUUAGUCGCCAACAAUGAUAUUUUGCAUGGUCCUUCUAAUGUGAAUUCAAACAGUAUUUAUUACCCAAACCAGUCAGUAUCGACUUCAUUGGCAAACUCAAAUUUAUCAAUAAAUGUAGCGCCAUCGAAUCAACAAUUAAAUAGUCAAUCCUACAUAGACACAACAUCGUCCAUAGCGAAAAAGCGACUAAAAUUAGAAGUCAACGACAAUUUGAACAGCUCUGAAAGUUCAGAUACAACUGAAAACUUAUCUACAUUGAGGAAAAAAAUAUUAGAACAUAAAUUACAGCGCUUGAAAGUACUUAAAGAAAGAAACGCUGACAAUGUAGCUGAAUUAUUCUUCCUGCAAUCUAGUGGUAACAUGAUGGAAUUUCAAACAUGGCGGAGAAAACCACAAUCGCAGUCAUUUCUAUCAUUUAAAAGAAAUUCACAUCUGGACCCAACAUUGCUUGAUGAUGUAGAUUCAUUCAGAACGUUAAAUUCUCAACAAUUUCCUGAAGGAGCUGAAAUAAAAAUACCAGGCGUAGGUAGCACUCCAAUUGCUGUUUCGACUCAACUUCCACCAGCUGUUGCAAAAUUAAGUCAAAAAGGUGGAACACCUUUAGUACCUGACCAGAAACGUAUCUUAUCGGUUAAUUCUAUUAUUGGAAGCAUCAAAAAUACUUCUUCGGAUCUGAGUAGCUUGAAAACAUCUGAAACGGUUUCUUUGUCAGCACAACAGAUUUCCAAUGAUCAAUUUUCUCUCAAAGCUAAAGAGGAAGUUCACGUUUUACAACGAGUUCAAGAACUUAAGCGUGAAGGAUUAUGGAUGGGUGCACGUUUGCCGAAACUUGCGGAGCCACAACGAUACAAGGUUCAUUGGGAUUUUUUAUUGGAAGAAAUGCAAUGGUUAGCCACUGAUUUUGCCAAUGAACGAAAAUGGAAGAAAGCUGCAGCUAAAAGAUGUGCUCGAAUGGUACAGAAAUACUUCCAAGAUAAAGAAACAGCUGUACAGAAAGCUGAAAAGGCUCAGGAGCAAAAUCUCAAACGGAUUGCUGCUUUUGUUGCCAAAGAAAUUAAAACGUUUUGGGCGAAUGUUGAGAAAGUUGUCGAAUUUAAACAGCAAGUAAGAUUGGAAGCAAAACGAAAGAAGGCGUUAAAUGAAAAGCUCAACUUUAUUGUGGAUCAAACAGAAAAGUUCUCAAUGCAAGUUGCAGAAGGAAUGAAUAAAAAUGUUCAUUUGAGCAGCAAGAAAUCUUCAGUUGUACAACAUGCUUCCGAUGAUGAAUGGUCUCGACCGAAUGAAGAGUCUGACGACGAUGAAGAAACAAUUGCUCAAGCUGAAUCUGAAAUUCCUGUCAGUGGGACGAACGAUGAAAUUGAGGCACUCCAGAAGGAAUCACAAAUGAAUUUCAACGAUUUCCUACAAACAUUGCCAAAAGAUUAUUUACAGAAACGAAAUGAAAUUGUUGUUCCCGACUCAUCAUCAGCCAGUGAAGAGGAAUCUGAUAAAGAAUUUGAAGCAUCAGAGGAUGAGGAAGAUGACGAGCAUACCAUAAUGGAACAAGAAAAGGCUGAAAAGAAUGAAGAUUAUCAAGCGGAAAUUGAUGAACUUAAGGCUGAGGGGGAAAUGUCUGUUGAUGAACUAUUAGCUAAAUACAAAAAUAAAUCUCCAAAUGUUGAUGAAGCAACAGAUUCCGAUGAUGAAUUUGAUUCCGAAGAAAGUUAUUCUUCAGAGUCUGAGGACGAACACAUGGAAGUUGACAAUUACAAACAAAUGGAAGGAUUAACGGGUGAAGAAGCUGAUAGAGAAGGUUUUGACUUGAGAAAUCUUUUGGAAGAUCAAGAAACCACAAGUACUGAUAGCAACUGUGAUAAUGGCAAUACUUUAUUGAAUAAUGUUGCAGCACUAGCACAAAGCAUACAACCAAAAGGAAAUACGUUGUCAUCAACAAAUGUUGUCACUCCAAUUCCAUUUCUCCUUAAACAUACUCUUCGUGAAUAUCAACACAUUGGUCUCGAUUGGCUUUUCACGAUGCACGAUCGAAAACUUAAUGGAAUUUUAGCUGAUGAAAUGGGAUUGGGUAAAACCAUUCAAACUAUUGCGCUGUUGGCUCAUCUUGCUUGUGUGAGAGGAAAUUGGGGACCUCAUUUGAUUGUUGUUCCCUCUUCUGUCAUGUUAAAUUGGGAAAUGGAGUUUAAGAAAUGGUGCCCGGGAUUCAAGAUCAUCACAUAUUAUGGAUCACAAAAAGAAAGAAAACUCAAACGAAUUGGUUGGACGAAGGCGAAUGCAUUCCAUGUUUGCAUCACCAGUUACAAACUGGUCAUUCAAGACCAUCAAAGUUUCCGACGAAAGAAAUGGAAAUAUCUCAUUUUAGAUGAAGCUCAAAAUAUUAAAAAUUUCAAAUCUCAACGGUGGCAACUUCUCCUAAACUUUUCGACACAACAAAGACUUCUUUUAACGGGAACGCCUUUGCAAAAUAAUUUGAUGGAGCUUUGGUCUCUGAUGCAUUUCCUGAUGCCAAAUUUUUUUGAAUCGCAUCGAGCAUUUGAGGAACUCUUUUCAAAGCCCAUGACAGGAAUGGUCGAGGGCAAUAUGGAAUACAAUGAGACGAUUAUUAUUAAACUACACAAAGUGUUGAGACCUUUCCUCUUACGUCGUCUUAAAAGUGAAGUUGAAAAGCAAAUGCCAAAAAAAUACGAGCAUGUUGUCAUGUGUCGUUUAUCUAAACGUCAAAGAUUUCUUUACGAUGAUUUUAUGAGCCGUGCAAAGACAAAGGAAACAUUAGCUAGUGGUAAUCUCUUGAGUGUCAUAAAUGUACUGAUGCAACUAAGGAAGGUCUGCAAUCAUCCCAAUCUUUUUGAGGUUCGCCCAACAAUUUCUCCAUUUCAAAUGGAUCAGAUAGACUUUAAAAUUCCCGCCAUGUUGUACAACAUCGUUCAAUACGAUCCUUUUAAGAACAUCGAUCUGAAUGCUCUCAAUCUUUUGCUUAUUCGUUUGGAAAGUUGUUUGAGUGCUUUCGUCGCAUAUCGAAUAAAAAAUUUAAUAACACCAAAGAAAUUAAUUGAAGAAAUUGAUUCAGCGCCUGAGAUUCCUCCUGUUUGUCCGGAAAAGAAAUACAAACUUCAUCUUAGAAUUAAACCGCAAAUACAAAGUAACAUCGUCACGAGUAUUGGACCUGAAAUUAAAGUUGGAACAAGUCCAGCAAUACGAUCGGAUGGUUCAAGAUUAAUAUUAAUUCAAGAAAGAAAAUUAAAUCAAGUUGGCGGUAACAGCACACCAAUGAUUAUCGACGAAGAAAAGCCAACGGUUAGUUCCUUUCAAAUGCCAUCAGGUGCAUCAUUAAAUCUACGAAGCAAACCUACACAUCAACUCUUUCAAUGUCCUAGUGGUCAAAUUUAUAUUGUUAACAACAAACCAAAUGUUCUUCCGAAAUCGGGAAUGAUGGUUGUAAAUCAAACACAGCAAUCAACUCCUACAGUAGCUCAACCUAUUGCAAGUGCAGUCAUUGAAGCUGUUAGAAAGAAGUCAUUAGUUCCAAUUAAUAUUGUCUCUGAAGAGAGGACUCAAUUAUCAGAGUUUCACCUCUCAGACAUUCAUGAACUUCAACAGGAAUAUCGUUUUCAAAUUUUACAAUUACUCAGCAAAAUCAACCGUAGAAAAUGUGACGCAGUUCCAAUGUAUGGUGAAGACGUGAGAUCAUCGGUAUUUCUGGAUUUUUCUGAGAAGAUUAACAGAGAAUCUGAUGCAUUUAUUGUCAAGAGUUUUGGGAAUGUUAAUCGAUGCAAAAGUAAUGGCAAUGUUUGGAGUUUAGAAAGAACCAUUAAAUCUAUCGAAGAACGUGCAUCUGAACUUAAUGAAAUAUUUGAGAAGUUUACGUUUGUUGUGCCAGCUGUCAGUGCUUGCCGGCCAUCACUUUCUGUAUCACACAUGAAUCCGUCCGAAAGAAAUGAGGAAGAGUUCCGUGAUGCUAAGAUUUCCAAAGAAUUAGCUCCUAAGACAACUCUUCUUCAUACAAUUCAAUCCUCAAUGACAACCCAGUUUCCGGAUCCACGUUUAAUUCAAUAUGAUUGCGGUAAACUACAGUCGCUUGAUAUACUUUUACGAAGAUUAAAAUCUGAAAGUCAUCGUGUUUUGAUUUUUACACAAAUGACGAAAAUGCUUGAUGUUCUUGAAGCCUUCCUCAAUUAUCAUGGUCACAUCUAUUUACGAUUAGAUGGAACAACAAAAGUUGAGCAACGUCAAUUGUUAAUGGAGCGGUUUAAUGAAGAUAAACGAAUAUUUGCCUUUAUACUUUCAACAAGAUCUGGUGGUGUAGGAAUUAAUUUAACGGGUGCUGACACUGUCAUCUUCUACGAUAGUGAUUGGAAUCCGACUUGUGAUGCCCAAGCUCAAGACCGUUGUCAUCGCAUUGGUCAGACCCGUGAUGUUCAUAUUUACCGACUUAUCAGUGAAAAGACGAUCGAAGAAAACAUACUCAAAAAAGCAAAUCAAAAGCGUUUAUUAGGAGAUUUAGCAAUUGAAGGUGGAAACUUUACAGAAGCUUACUUCAAGAGUUCUACAAUUCAAGAUCUUUUCAAUGUUGAUCAAAAUGAUGAUGUGACUGCAAGAUUAACAAACGUUGUCGACCGUGAUAAAGAUCGAAAUGAAAAAUCAUCUUCAAACAAUGAGCAUGAUAAAAAUGUUGUUUGUGUGUUUGAAUCAGCACUGGCUCAAGCAGAAGACGAUCAAGAUGUUCAAGCUGCUACAACAGCAAAAGAAGAAAUGGCUGAAGAUCUUGCUGAAUUUGAUGAGAAUAUUCCAAUCAUUGAAGAGCAAAAAACUGAACAGACAAAGCAAGAAAAAGAGAUUCAAAGUAUUGUUGAGCAGUUGAGCCCAAUUGAACGUUACGCUAUGAAAUUUGUAGAGGAUACUGGAGCCAAUUGGGCUGCGGUGCAAAUUAAAGCUGUUGAAAUGGAGAUUGAAGAACAAAAACGUAAAUGGGAGGAGAAAAGACUUGCACAUAAUUAUCAGAAUGAACAGGAAAAAGAGCAGAUGGAGAAAGACGAUGAAGAAUGUUUAACGUAUUCACGAAAAGAUGCAAUGAAUAAGGUCUGGAUAUCAAAUAACACAAUGAAACAAAUGCCUAUGUGGUGUCCACCAACUCCACCACAAGACGGAAAUGAUAUUUACACCGAUUACUCGCUUUCAUUUCUUUACGACACUCAAAACGUGAUGAACGAUUCUCAGCUCCCAGCAGUUUAUGUGAGGAAGGAUUGUAAGAGAAUGAGAACUGAUGAUAACUUUUUCAUGGAUGGCCGGCGUUCACUCAAAAUGAGGAAAGAUGACGGUUACAAUCCACCACGAUCGUUGUUUGAUCGACCAUCGCCAGCUAUUGCUAAAAUGAGAAAAGAUUUGAAACUUCAAAGAACUCGAGGAUUGAUUCGUUCGAUGCCAAUGGUGAACAUUAAGCAGCAUAUUCCGAUCAAACCAUUAACAGAACCCGAAGGGAUGGCUGAAUGGCUGAUUUUUGAAGAUCGUGCAAUUCUCAAUGUGAUUCAAAGUCUUCAAGGAUUGCCAUUAAAUUUGAUGAUUAUUUCUCCUGGCCACACACCUAAUUGGGAUCUUGUCGCUGACAUUGUUAAUCAAACUUCAAGAACUUAUCGAUCGCCGAAGCAAUGUCGUUGGAGAUAUGAAGCCGUGAUUGUUCCUCGUGAAGAAGGAAAGUUAAUUGACAGUCCAAAGAAACAAAAGAAAAAUAAGAAUUUACUGAAGACCGUAAUGAAAAACACAAGAACGCCUCGAACAUCACAAUUAUAUCAGAAUGAUAACAAUAAUUCCUUCAUUAGACUUACGAAGCUUAAAUUCGAUGCUGUCAAAACUGCAAUGACCAAGAAGCAACCGCAAUUGAAGAAAUAUGUGGGAACAACUGCGCAUAAUCAGAAACAUCUUUCAGUUCUGCAUGAAAUUGGAAUUGUUAAUUAUGACUCUCCGCCGUCUCCAAUGGACAUCGCUCAUCGUUGUUAUGAAAGACUCGUGCAAGAUCGAAGUUUAGCUCAACAAAAAAUGGAACACCAAGUUAAAAUACAAACAACAAAACUCACACUUAUGGCUGAUCAACUACCUUCAUCAUUACAAAUGCAACAACAAACAGCUUCAAUACCUUCUCCACAAUCAUCUCAAAUGACGCCUUUACAACAAGCAACAAUUGUUGUUCAACCAUCAGGAAGUUGUCCUCAAGGUGUUGUGACGACACCAACUUCACAACCUCAAGCAGCUCAGCAAUCAAUAACCGCACUGAUGCAUAGUUCCCCAUUACAAACACAAAGAAUUCAGACACAAACAAUAAAUUUGACUCCAUCACAAAACUCUUCUCAACAGCAACAAUUAAUGAAAGCGAUUGUUGCGUCACCUGGUGGUGGACAUCAGCAAGCAACUCUUCUUACAGGAAUUAUUCAACAAUUAAAUCCACAACAAAUACAAAAUUCUCAAUCGAAUUUAAUCCAAACAUCGUCAGUUUCUGUUGUGUUAGCAUCACCACCAUCGACAGUCACAAGUGUUCAACCUCAAAUUGUGUCGAUUCAACCGACUGUAUCAAUGGCAGCAUCAACAUCAAUUGUCACACAACCUGGUGGUUCACUUGUACAAGCUAUAAACUCACAAGGUCAAAAUCAAGUUGUGUCUGUUUCGCAACUGGCCAUUGGAUCAACAAGCUUGACAACUCAAGCGUCACCUGUUGGAACUCAAGCACAAGUUCGUCAAAGAUCAGUUUCUAAGGAAGUUGUCUUUCAACAUCGUCCUGGAUCUCAAACGCCAACAGUAAUUUCACUUAGUGGAUUAUCUGGUCAAGGUUUAACAAAUUUACAAAAUGCAACUUUAAGAUUCACAUCGAAUUUCAGUCCACCGAAUUUCCGAGCAGCUGCAACUGACAAACAACAACUUGUCACUCAAGGAGCGAAACGUUUUGAGCUUGUAACCACAGGAACUCCACAAUUUCAUAUUUAUGGACAACAACAAGUUCGUCAGAAAAUAAGAUUUCUUCAUGCUGGUCAACUGACUCAAGCUGGAGCCACAAAUCAAACGACUUUAGUUCCUUCAAGCGGCGUCGGUCAAACAGUUCAAGUUCAAAGUGGACAGAAGAUUACUGUCGCCACUAUUUCCGGUUCUAAUACUUCACAACCUCAAGCACAAGCAUCACAAGUCAUAACAGCAGCAGAGGGAGUUGAUUCAACUGCUUCUGGUAUUGGAAAUGUCACUGUGCAAGGUGGACCACAACAACGAGCUCAAUUCAUAAAACAAAUUGGAACAGCACAAGCGAUUGGUCAGAAUUCUAAUCAGAAGUUAGUUAUGGUGAAACAUGAAUUACCGCAACAAUAUAAAACAGGUCAACUUCAGUUAACAACACAAACUCAACUUGGAUACACUCCAGCUGGAAAUUUGCAACUCCAACAAGCAUCUGGCUCUACAAGUGGCCAACAACAAAUCACAACGUUGAUAAAGACUUCAAGCAAUUCAGGAAUCACAACAGUUGCUGGUGCUGGGCAGAUUGGAAUGAAAUUGACACCUGUGCGAGCGAGUAUUGGACAAACACAAACUGUUCGACAAGUGGCGAUUCCUCAAGCGAUGACGAUGAACAUUCAAGGACCUCGAAAAACUGUUCCCAAAGUUACUAGAAUUGCGCAAGUCGCAGCAAGAGGUGGUCUUCUAUUUCAACAAAAAGAUGAAGGAGGAAAAGUGACUCUUCAAGAGGUGAAGCCUAUAAAAACUCAAAAUCAAAUCUUCUUAAGUAAUCCAAGUAGCGUAAUUCCUGUAACUGUAUCGCAAUCAUCAAAUUCUCGAGGUGAAACCUUGCAGUUUGUAUCUCCAACCACGAGAGGCAUUCCAACAAGUAACAUCAGAUUUCAACAAGCAAUGCAAAAAAUGCUUGCAAGUAAUGAAAAUCCAUCAACGAUUGCACUUUCACAAGUUAUUGGUCAGAGGCGUCUUCAAGCAGUGACAGUUCAGAAGCCUCAAUCAAAUAUUCAACAACAAAUUGCAAUUGAUGGAAAUGUCAAUCCAACUUCAACACAACAGCAACUACAAACAUCUUCCAGUCCUUCGCAGCAGACAACAUCGCAGCCUCAACAUUCCCCAUAGCAGAAAUAAUUUCAUCAAUCAACCGAUUUCAAAUUUUAAUUAUACUACCACACCAUUCAAAUAAUAAUUAACAUGAUGGAAUUUUAAAGACACAAAGACAAGUUUGAUUUUCGAUAGAUUAAAAUUAUUUUGAAUGCAUCUAAUUUUUGAUCAAUAAAAUCUCAAAAUGAUAUUAUGUUUUUGAACAUAUCUACUUACACAGCAUACAUCAAA